AUGACGACAUAUACUUUGGUUCUUCUGAGGCAUGGUGAAAGUACUUGGAAUAAAGAAAAUAAAUUUACUGGAUGGACAGAUGUACCUCUGAGUGAAAAGGGAGAACAGGAGGCCAUAGCUGCUGGAAAUUACCUGAAAGAAAAAAAUUUUCGAUUUGACGUUGUAUACACAUCAGUACUGAAAAGAGCAAUUACAACAACAUGGAAUGUGUUAAAGACAGGAGACCUUUUACAUGUACCUGUCAUAAAAACGUGGAGAUUAAAUGAAAGACAUUAUGGAUCAUUACAAGGAUUAAACAAAUCCGAAACAGCGAAAAAGUAUGGGGAAGAACAAGUUAAAAUAUGGAGAAGAUCUUAUGAUAUCCCCCCACCCAAAUUGGACAAAGAAGAUAGUAGAUGGCCAGGGCAUAAUAUUGUAUAUAAAAACGUUCCAAAAGAUGUAUUACCAUUUACAGAAUGUUUAAAAGAUACUGUUGAAAGAGUGUUACCAUUCUGGUUUGAUCAUAUUGCACCAGAUAUCUUAGCAAAUAAAAAAGUUCUCGUAUCUGCACAUGGAAAUAGCUUAAGAGGAUUAGUUAAGCAUUUGGAUAACUUAACCGAAGCAGAUGUGUUAGAACUUAACAUUCCAACAGGAGUACCUUUAGUUUAUGAAUUGGAUGAAAAUCUUAAACCCAUUAAACAUUAUUACUUAUUGGACAGUGAAGAGUUGAAGAAAAAAAUGGACGAAGUAGCUAACCAAGGAAAGGCAAAAUGA